AUGGGUCAGUCGCAUUCCAAGGGCAACGCCUCGGGCGAUGCUCUUCAAUCCUACCCUUCGUUUUCCAAGUCCGACACCAAAGAGUCUCUUCGCUCCUUCCGCGGCUCGAUCCGAUCGAAAAUCCCUGGUGCUCGCAGCUCCGAUAGCCCUCGGGGUUCCACCACUGCCCUCUCCCGGACUGAGAGCCAGACCGAUAAAUCCGAUGCUGGAUCCCUCAAGUCUGUUGGAAGCCGCCCUGGCUCCAAUGCUGGCCUCCCCCAAUCGCCUGGCUCCGAGAACGCUUCGCGACCUGGCUCUCCCCAACCCCCCGCCAGUGGCGAAGUCGACCAUGUGUCAGAUGGCCCUCCCUCUGGUGGCCCUCCGUCUGGGGCCACCGCUGUCCCCGGUGAAUCAAUUUUGAUGAAACGCGAGAACCAACUGAACCCCAUUUUGGACUUCAUCUUGAACGCUCCACUUGAGACUUCGGGAUCUCCUGGUAUGGGUAUGGGCGCUUUGAAAUCUAUUGAUUUGGACGACAUGAUUUCGCGACUCCUAGAUGCUGGUUAUUCCAGCAAGGUUACCAAAACAGUCUGCCUAAAGAACGCGGAGAUUACCGCCAUCUGUACCGCCGCUCGCGAGCUCUUCCUGUCGCAGCCUGCUCUGCUGGAGCUGUCGGCUCCCGUCAAGAUUGUUGGCGACGUUCACGGUCAAUAUACUGACCUCAUUCGACUCUUCGAGAUGUGUGGAUUCCCUCCCGCUUCCAACUACCUUUUCCUGGGUGACUACGUCGACCGAGGCAAGCAGAGUCUGGAAACGAUCCUUCUGCUGAUGUGCUAUAAGUUGAAGUACCCCGAGAACUUCUUCCUACUUCGAGGAAACCAUGAGUGCGCCAACGUUACCCGUGUAUAUGGGUUCUAUGAUGAGUGCAAGCGUCGCUGCAACAUCAAGGUCUGGAAGACCUUCAUCGACACCUUCAAUUGUCUCCCCAUUGCUGCGACUGUGGCCGGCAAAAUCUUCUGCGUCCACGGUGGUCUCUCUCCUAGUCUCUCGCAUAUGGACGACAUUCGCGGCAUCGCCCGCCCCACUGAUGUACCGGACUAUGGUCUGUUGAACGACCUCCUAUGGAGUGACCCGGCAGACAUGGAGGAAGAUUGGGAACCUAAUGAGCGUGGUGUUAGCUACUGCUUCGGAAAGAAGGUGAUCAUGGACUUCUUGCAGCGUCAUGACUUCGACUUGGUUUGCCGUGCUCACAUGGUGGUUGAGGAUGGGUACGAGUUCUACCAGGAUCGUAUUCUGGUGACUGUGUUUUCUGCACCCAACUAUUGUGGCGAGUUUGAUAACUGGGGCGCUAUCAUGUCAGUCUCUGGCGAACUUCUUUGCAGCUUCGAACUUCUCAAACCCUUGGACUCGACCGCCCUGAAGAACCACAUUAAGAAGGGCCGAAACAAGCGCAACAGCAUGUUGAACAGUCCUCCUGCGGCGGUAUCGGCGCAAAGUUAUUAGGCCCCACCGAUCGUUCUACAUUUGAAAUUGAUAUCAUCUCCUGCCAUCCGUCAUUGCUGUCAUGGUCUCGAUUACUUUCACAGUCAUUGACCGGCAAUGAACACGACUUUCACCAAACUAGCAGCGUGAUAGCCUAUCCCUUGUUUGAUAAUGGCUGAUCACUGAAAACGCCCUGCCACCACGGCUCGCACCAACUUCCGGACCCAAUCCCCCCGGUAUGGAUGCCCAAAAUAAGGCUUGGCGCAGAACUGAACCGGAUUCCUCUGACCGGUCCGCGCAUCGGGGCCUGUUAAGGCACCGUAGCAUGCGUAGACCCGCAGAUUCCAAAUUUGCAGACUCAAUGGAAAGAUAUGCUUGAAAA